GCGUUAUCGGCAGUAGAGUCUAAACGUUCUACACUCAUUCUUUAGUACGAAGUCAAAUUUCAAGAAGAUUAACAUGAAAGUGAAUUUUGUGAUCUUUAUGCUUAUAUUUGGAACGGCUGUAGUUGCAAAUGCAGAAGCUUUCAUUUCUCGUUCGGAACCCAGCGUAACUCCAAAAUUGCCAAGUUCCGGACACAAUGCAAUUGAUGCGAACAAUGUGAAACAAGACCGUAAGGCAAUUGAAGAUAGUCGAAAGAAUCGGCAAAUUGCUUUCAAUACUGAAGAACAAAUAAGUUUCGAUGAUGUCGAAGGGUCAUAUGAAGAAAACGAAGAUGGUUCAGAUGCAGAAGGUAAUGGUUUCGAUGAAGAAGACGACGAUGAUGUUGCAAGAGACGAUGAUACAGAAGAAGGCGAUGAGACAGACGAAGGCGAUGAUACAGAACGAGGCGAUGAUACAGAAGGAGACGAUGAUUCAGAAGAAACUAUGGAACCUAUUGAGGUGGAGUCUAUGUGGAAGUGGAUACGGAAAAUGUUAUUUUAGUAAUUCUGAUUUCUACCUUCUUGGCCCUUGUAAUUACAACAGUUUACUGGAAAUAUUGGCUUUUACAGAGUUCAAAUUUUCCCAAAUAAUUUUUAUAAUUAUGAUACUGACAAUACCUCUUCAGUAAAAUUUAGUUAGGAACUUCCUACAAUAAUUAUUUAACUGGACCAUACAAACAAAAGGCACUUGUAAAUAAGGUUUAAAAACUUCCUAAAAAGGACUGUUUAUCAGGACUAUUUGCUUUUGAAUAAUUUUUUUAUCACAAAAAGAAUAUAAAACAACUGUUGACUGUAACCGCACAGUCCUUAUCUAAGUUCAGUUUGAAGUCGACAUUCGGGAAAUAAACAUGAAAGCGUAUUUUGUUCUCUGUAUGUUUACGAUUGGAACACUUACAAGUAAUUUUUCAAUCUUUGCUGAGUAAAUAUUUGGGAAAUUUCACAUUCUACUUAUACAUUCUACUUAUGUUGGUACAGAGGCACUUCCAAAUUUACCACCUUCGGUUCUACUCCAAACGAAAUUACCUGAUACAGCAUACGAUACAGAUAUUGCGGAUGAAACUGUUACGGAAAACAUAAAGCCAGAUCGAAGGUCAUUCGAAGAAGAAGGAGACGGUUUUAAUGUUGAAAGAAUGACAAAAGCGAAAAUUACGAGAGGAAGGCUGGCAGAGGAAAAUCCAAAUGUUAAAGGCUUGGGAAGUGGCUCUAUAAUCAACGGACUACUGACUGGUUUGAUUAUUCUCGUCACUUUAGCUGUUUUUUUACUAUUUGUUUGCUGGCUAUAUUGCUAUUCGAAAAAACUUUUCUUAUUUUACACUUUCUCAAAUAAGUUCUGAAAUUAUGCUGAGCCAUUUAGGCGGCAAACCUCAUCAACAUUUUCCAUUUGGGCUUUGCAAUAUCUACAUUAAAGAUUUUAUUUGAAAUAGAUAAGUCAAUACAGUGGUGAUACUGUUACUGAUACUGUAGAUCGUGCUAAGUGACAAGAUUUAGAGAUAGCGUAAAAGUGUUGAUAGAAUUUACUUGGACAUGAGUUAAACAGAAGUUUAAUUAAUUAACAAUUUAGUCAAUAAUUUCUUAAAAAGAGUUUUAAUAAUUAAGCGUAAUAAUUUACUAGAUCGAACUGGUCCAAGUGCCUAGGCUCACUGGGUUCACUCACCGAACCUUAGAAACGUCGUCGCUGAGCGUACCAACUUUUUAUUAAACUUUUUAAUCCUUAGCGAAUCUUAGUAAAUCUUUUCAAGGUUCGCUUAUGGGAAAUUAAAAAAAGCCAAAUGUCCGCACAAAUAAAGUGGAUCCUAUUAAAAUGCUUUCUUCAUGAUUAUUUUGUAAAGAUGAUGUGUCAAAUAUUAUCUUCGAAUUUAUUCAAUUGCUUAAGAUGCGGUUAUGACCGAUAAACAAAGACAAACUUUGAGAAACACUGGCAGAAACCAUUUCGCUAAAGACAAACUUUGUUAAUGAUUCUUCAAUCUUUUGAUGUUUCACAUUGAGUGAGGUGUUUAUCGAUUAAUUUGCUCUGCAAAAAUGGAGAGUGAGGGAGUUGUGGAUCUAACUGGAAAUAAUAGAGGCUGUCCUUAGCUUAUAGAAUGUCAUGUAAGUUGAUUGCAAUGAAUUUUAUACAAGACCGUCGCUCAUGGUUUGUUCAAAAUUCACGGACAUAUACCAAAUUUUCAAAAAAUAUCAUUUUUUGUUACCAAUAUUUAUCGGAGAAAGUUGGAUGUUGUCUUAAUUGGUAGCUGAGGACAGCAUCUAUUAGUUGCAGAUAUGUCAAAUUUUUAUUAGCAGAGUAAAUAUCAUCUAAGAAAAUCGGUUUCUUUGAGCCAUUGUCACUAGAAUGUACGAUAUUGAUAGGUGUGUUUAUCUUGUUUAAUUAUAUACAUCGGACUCUACUGCAUAAAUUGAUAAAACUCAAUACGCACGAGGCAUCGAAAACGUGUUUCGAUCAAAAUUUUCUGUGUUCUUUGAUGCUUAACGAAACUGUAACAAAGAGAAUUUUGAUCGAAACACGUUUUCGAUGUCUGUUUUGAGCUCAGAUUAAACUUUUCAAUUUUACACUGAUUUUUUGAAUAGUUUUCUUUUCUCAAUCUGCACUAACCCCUAUAGAAGACUUUCUUCAAUUUGUUUUAUGUCAAUCUUUAUUUCUCGUCAAGGGCUUACUGAAUCGCUCGUGAGACCCAAAAAAGUAAGCUCCAAUACAUAUACAUUGUCAUACAACUUUGGACUAUGUACAUUCCGCAAGAUUUCAACAUUUGGAAUCAUUAUUUCUUUUUAAAUAUCAGCAAUUUAUUAAUUAUUUUUAGUGACAAUGAUAUAUUUAUUUAUCUACAAUGUUUGGAAAUGCUGAACCUGUUACAGACGGCUGUCAUCUGUUAUCGACAACGACAGCAAUAAUUAACGACAAGCUCUGACUAAUUAGU